AUGAGCUCCCGAGAAAACAACCCGGGCGCAUUGUCUGUCGCCGCAAGUGAGCUCGUCGAGUCUCUCAACGCCCUGACCAAUCAGAUUUAUGAGACCUCCAAGGACUACAAGGACCCCUCGGGGCAACAAGGCCUGCUGCUUCGUCAACGAAUGACCAAUGCGGCCCGGCAGAUCAUCAACGUCGUCCGGGAGCCUGGUGAGACGCCAUAUGAAUUCUCGACACACAUGGCCGAGAUGGGGGCGAUUCGGAUGUUUAUGAAGAUGAAAGCAUUUGACAAGAUUCCAUUGGAAGGAAGCAUUUCCUACGAGGAUUUGGCGGCCAGUCUCGGUGCUGAGGUGCCGCUCGUCACUCGCAUGGCUUGGAUGAUGGUGGCUACAGGUUUCCUCCAUCAAAUCGGGGAGGACCGUGUCGCACAUUCCAGGCUUUCAAAGCUCUAUGUCUCUGGAAACGCCCAGGGGGUCUUUUUCCAGAUCAUGUUCGAUGAAGCCAUGGUCCCAUGGGCCCAGUGGCCCCAAUUCUUCGCCAAGUAUGGUCUGAAAGAACCAAAGUUAGGGAAUCACAAUCCCCACUCGUUCGCUUGGGGCGACCCGGACAAGAAUUUCUGGGAGGUCAUCAGCAAGGAACCGGAACGUCUGGUCGAUUUUAAUCAGAGCAUGAAUACACUCGAUGAGGUGCUGCCGGUGACGGGCAUGUACGAUUUCAGCUGGAUUGCGAAGAACACGGAAGGUCCCGAGGACAGACCGUUGAUUGUUGAUGUUGGCGGUGGCAAAGGCCAGGCCCUCAAGCGCAUCAUGGCUGCGUUUCCUGAGAUCCCUGCCAAGAGAUUGGUGUUGCAGGACCGGGCACCGGUCAUUGAGGAAGUCAUUCAGGCUAACGAACCCGGUUUUGAAGAGGUCAAGAAGAUUCCGCAUGAUUUCUUCCAGCCAAACCCUGUCAAAGGCGAGUUCUAUCUACCCUUCUCUUCCCUUCUCACUUCGAGUGCUCUCGUCUACUACAUCCGGCGCUGCAUGCAUGACUGGUCCGACGCGAACGAUCGCAUCAUCCUCUCUCACCUCGCCGACGCCAUGGCCCCGGACUCCAGAGUCCUAAUCACCGAGCAAGUCAUGCCCAAUCCGCCCACGGCCCUGAAUGCCUGGACCGAUCUCUGCAUGAUGAACCUCGGUGGCAAGGAGCGGACCGAGAAGAUGUUUGAUGGCCUGACAGCGAGUGCUGGGUUGAAGAUGGUCGGCGUACACAAGAGCUUGGCGACUGAUGUUGCGGUUAUCGAAUGCGUCAAGGUGUGA